AUGUCAAAGCAUGUUUAUGUUUCAUUUAACCACAAAAUUGUGUUUCAUUGCCACUGAAUCAAUGAAAAUUUAAGUUCAACUUUUUAUGGUUAGUUCUAUAUUGUACUGUUGCAGAAAAGAUGGCAAAUAUUUUGAUAAGUGAUGCUGAGAAAACGUUCAUUUUACAUGGUGUCGAAGAUAAUUUACGUUGUGAUGGUCGAACCCGUUGUGAUUACCGUCCCAUGGAAAUUGAAACGGCCAUUGUUACACAUGCAAAUGGAUCAUGCCGGUUGAGAUUGGCAAAUACCGAUGUUUUGGUCGCCGUUAAAUCUGAAAUCGAUAUUCCACCAUUGGAGAAUCCAGACGAAGGAAAAAUUGUGUUCUUUGUUGAUUGUUCAGCAAACGCAGCACCAGAAUUUGAAGGCCGUGGCGGUGAAGAAUUGGCGAUGGAAUUUUCAAAUACACUCGAAAGUGCAUAUCGCUCAAGACAGGCAUUCAAUUUGAAAAAUCUUUGUAUUCUGCCACAACAACGAUGCUGGAAACUCUAUGUUGAUGUGCUGAUUUUAGAAUGUGGUGGAAAUCUAUACGAUGCAGUCUCGCUAGCAGUUAAGGGAGCCUUAUUUAAUACACGAUUACCGAAAGUCACUGCAGCACUUAUGGAUGGUGGCAAUGUGGAUUUGGCUCUUUCUGAAGAUCCAUACGACUGUGUUCGAUUGCAAGUGGAAUCGAUUCCAAUUUUGGUGACAAUUUGUAAAAUUGGCGAACAUUGCGUCGUUGAUCCAUCGGCUGAAGAAGAAGUAUGCAGUUCGGCCAGUUUGGUGGUUGGGGUCUCAGUACGCGAAGAGAAUGCUUACAUUACAAAUAUGCGAACAAGUGGUGCUGGUUCAUUCCAUAUGGAAACAUUAAAUAAGUGUCUUGAGCUAGGAAAGUCAGCUGGACAAUGUUUGGAUCGAGUAUUAUUGCGAGUGCUUCGUGAAGAGGAACAAAAAAUCGGCAAUCGACCGAUUGGCCAAACCGAAAUUUUCGGCUUUCUCCGAUAAACAAAAAAAAAAAAGAACUGUUCGACACUAUCUUUAAGAUUAUUUUUAUAGCACAAAUCCGCAUAAAACAAAUUAAUUAAAUCCAAAAUUGGUUUUAAUGGUU